GGACGCGUCACGGCGCGGCGCGUCAUGACGCUGACCAAAUAUGGUUUGCAUUAAUUGCUGCUAUGCGCACGCAUCGCGUUUUUUCAGCCAUGCGUCACGACGCGUCAAAGUUAAAUAAAUUUAACUUUGACGCUCGGUGACGCUCCAGAACAAUAGUAAAGUCAAGAAAGAUGGCAGCUAAAAACAUAAACAAAGAACUUCUGAUCGAAGCUGUUCGGAAAUUACCGUGCUUGUACGAUACUAGCAAAAAAGAGUACAAGGAUGAUAUUGUCCGAGAGAAUGCCUGGAAGACUGUGUGCCAAGAAAUUUUUAAAGAACGGUAUGAAAGUGCAAAAGAACUCGGCGAAGAUAUGAACCUUGCUCGGAAAACAUUUAAAAGCUUAAGGAACAGAUUUAUGAAAGUGAGAAAGGAGUACAAGCCAUCUGGGAGCGCUGGUGGGGAACCAAUAGAACCAGCAUGGCCAUUCUUCAAGCAGUUGAUGUUCCUUGCCCCCUUCAUGAAACAUAGAGAAACAAGGGGAAAUUUUGUUCUUCAAGAGCGGGAAGGCCACCAAGAAUCAUCAAAAAUCAAAAGCACCAUUGACACCGAAUGUCUGCAUGAUUUGAUUGGCGAAGCAAGAAAAGGUAACGAGCCAGCAUUCCAAAUUUCGGAUAGUACCGUUACCCAAGAUUGCACAGAGGAUUCUUUUGUAGAAUUACCAGCCACUCCGCUUUCCUACGAGAGUGCUGUGCCUAAAAAUGAAAGAGCUGCAGCUGGAUCUCCUUUGGCUCAGUUGGACUCUCUACGAGAAAGUACCCGGCCAAAAAACCCCAAACGCCCCAGACAAGAAAAGACCCCUGACAACAGCCAGUUUUUGAUGAAGGUGAUUGAAAAUACCAAUCAGUUCAUUUCAUCGGCUAGCAAAAGAGAGGAGCCAGAUGAAGACGAUCUUUACGGUCAAAGUAUAGGAAAAGAACUAAAAAAAUUGUCGGCCUAUCAAAAAAGUUUGGCGAAAUUGAAGAUUCAACAAGUUUUGCAUGAAGUACGGUGGAGCACUCAAGAAUAGACUUCUGACUCAUAGUAAUCUGGCUGCUUGGUGUGGCAAUUUUAUAAUCCUGAUUUCCUUUGUAUCAAUCAUUGUUGACAAAUAAUUAAAUAUUGACUCAUGACUUCACGUUGUUCACAUCUAUUUUGAAUACAGUAUUGCGUCAAUGUGCCUUCCGAUAAGAUUAAAGAAGCAUACUUUGGUUCGCAACUCACUUAAUCAGUGACUAGACAUAAAUGUUUGUUUGUUUUCAAUUUUCUUGCAAAGAAAGGGAUUUUAAAAAAUAGGAUACGCAAAUGUUCAUUAUAAAAUCCUUGUCCUUCAAGCAUAGAAUGAACUUUAUUUAAUUUGUUUGAAGUAGAAACACGAUUUUUUAGUUUUUAUCCUAGAGUUUUUUUAAGUUAAAAAAACAUUUUGUUUCCAAGUAGAUUUUUUUAGCAAAAUAUGAUGCACAAAUGAAGCCUUGAAAAUCAGCUACAGCAGUCUAACUUUUACGAAGUUUCUGCCUUUCUAACUCCUUGAAAUGCAUAAUUCUAGGAUGGGGGCUACAAACCAUCACUUUAUGACCAAAUAAAUGAUGCGAAACAUACUAUGCUGUUUAAUGCUAAGUAUGCUAAGUAAGUAAGUAUGUUUAAUGUUUAAUCCCCUUUAAAAUGCAAGAAAAAAAGAAAAUGAUGCCCAUCACGGCUAGCCAAUUGUUCUAUCUAACAAAUAGCUCUUUGGAAAAAGGGUCCCUAAUCUGAAAGAUGUCAUAGGCCCCUCAACCCCGCUCUAUAUAUGUUACACCCCUUCAUCCGAAAAAGUAGAAUUUUAAAUUAAGAAGGCUCCUCAUAACAUAAAACGUUGCAGAACUUCUUUCAGAAAAAUCGAUUAAUUUCUAGAAACUUGACCAUGUUAUCAAAAUAUUAAAAACAUUAGAAAUAAUAUUCUGUUAAGAAACUGGAUCGUAAGAAGUUCUGCGAAUAUAAUCAUAUUGCCAUGGGAGUUCACCUUGAGGAGAAAGAAAAUAAUCUGCAAGCAAAGAUCUAUAAUACUCUGCAGCUUUUGAAUAGUUAUUUGUUCCCAUUUUGCCAAUAUUCUGUAGAGCUCCAGAUUCUGACACUUCAUUUCGCCAAGUGCCCUUGUGAAGAAUUCCAUGUGAAUCUUCGUAGUCAGUAUAACCUACUGGGCAGUAAAAACGACCGUAAACUUGCUGCGUGUCUUCGUGUUUCUUGAGCCAGUUGUGAAGAGCAACCGAUGCCAAAACAUUUUUAAUGGCUUUUUCUGGGUGAGCCUGUAUUGGUGAUCUUAGGAAUCGCCAUCUUGCUGAAAGGAUCCCAAAAGCGUUCUCGACCACUCUCCUAGCUCGAGAGAGUCGGUAGUUGAAGAUGCGUAAUUUCUCUUCAAGGUUUCUUCCAGGGUAAGGACGCAGUAAAUUAUCUUUGA